GGCCCGCAUACAUCUCCAACGACGCCUGCCAACAGUCAUGACAGAACGAACAGCACCGCUUCUUCGUGGUGCUGACCCAAACACCGACGAUGAAGCCGAAUAUGACCUGCCCGUCGCUUCAUCCUCCAGGCUUCCCACCAUCCUCAAGUUCCUUGCUGCCGCACUCGUCACCGUGGCCUGUGUGCUGUUAGGAGUAUACUACACUCACCCGUCGCAUCCUCGUGGACAUGGAGCUUCGCAUAAUGGCAAGAGAAACCUUAUUCUCAUGGUUUCUGAUGGAAUGGGUCCAGCAACAGUGAACUUAGCCCGUACUUUUUGGCAGCAAAAGAACGGACAUGGCUACGGCGUCCAGCUUCCGCUCGACAAAGCUUUCGUCGGUACCUCACGUACACGCUCCUCGGACAGCUGGGUUACGGACAGUGCUGCCGGAGCCACCGCCUUCAGUUGUGGCUUGAAGACAUACAACGGAGCCAUUGGUGUUGAUCCUCACCAGAGGCCUUGUGGAACGGUGCUGGAGGCUGCUCACAGGAAGGGAUACAAGACCGGCUUGGUGGUUACGAGUAGGAUCACGCAUGCUACCCCUGGCAGUUUCAAUGCUCAUGUCGUUCAUCGUGAUAUGGAGAACCUUAUUGCGGAGCAUCAAGUCGGCCUCACUCCCCUUGGACGUACUGCAGACCUUAUGUUCGGUGGAGGACGUUGUCACUUCUUGCCAGCUGGUAUGGAGGGAUCUUGCCGUACCGACACCAAGAAUCUUCUCGACAUUGCGGCGUCGAACGGUUUCGCUCAUAUCCAAUCCCGCGCGGAGUUUGACGCUUUGAACAAGGGACAGAAUGCUACUCUCCCCUUGUUGGGUUUGUUCGCCGACGACCACAUGGACUAUGAUGUUGAUCGUGACGAGAAGGUUCAGCCCUCUUUGGCUGAGAUGGCUGCCACUGCCCUCGAGGCUUUGAAAGCUGCCACUGAGGAUCAGGACGAAGGUUUCUUCCUCAUGAUUGAGGGAUCCAGGAUUGAUAUGGCCCAGCACAACAACGACCCUGUUGGUGCUGUCAAUGAUGCUAUCAUGUACAACCAUGCAUUCAAGGUGGUUCAGGACUUCAUUGACGAAAACCCCGGAACCGUCGUUGUCAGUACCAGUGACCACGAGACUGGUGGCUUGAGUGUCGCUAGGCAGAUUCACGAUACCUAUCCUGACUACCUCUGGUACCCUGGCGUCCUCCUCAAUGCCACUCGCUCUACUGAAGGCCUUGGUAUGGAGCUCGCUGAUUACGAUGGUAAGGAGUCGAACUUGCAGUCCUGGGUGAAGGAGACUAUCAUCGGUCGCGGUUUGGGUAUCUGGGAUGCUACUGACGACGAGAUUGCGCUCCUCUUGGAUGGAAAGAAGUGGAAGAUCUGGCUGUGGGGCAGUUACAUCUUGUCUGACAUGAUAUCCCGAAGAGCACAAGUUGGCUGGGCUACGCACGGUCACUCCGCAGUCGAUGUAAACAUCUAUGCUUACGGUGACGAAGCCAUCGAUGUGCUUCGCGGUAACCAUGAAAACACCGAGGUUGGUGACUUCAUCGCUACUUACCUCGGCGGGCUCAACCUUGACGAGGUCACCUUGGUGCUCAAUGAGAACAACGGUACGAUGACCAAGCCUGUGGGUUUGGCCGAGGCGGAGGCUCUGGGCGCUACAUCUAAGGGGUUCACGGACACAGAACUCGGAAGGAAGAGCGACCAUUACCACCACGACUUCAAGAGAAGGGAUCUGGAGUUCGACUGUGGUUGUCACUGAGCUCGGUGACGCCGACCCGAUAUGGUAGAGGCUAGUCUCAUUUUUGCAGGUUUAGGACAUUGAUAAAGUUCGUUGUUAUUCACCUAGUAGUAUAUUCGUACACCUGUUCCGUCGCUGUC